AUGAAUGAGAAUGCAACGAUUGAUUCAGAAGACUGUCAACGCCGUCCUCAACCAGCCCCUGGAAACAAUUCCAACAUCUCUCAACAGUCCUCCCCCUUUCUUGCGGCUUUCAACCGAGCGUCAAUGGCCGUUAUGCAGACCCUUGACUGGCCGGAAAACGAAUUCCUCCAAUGGGCCAAGACUGAUGUUAAUGAGGCAGUAGCUGCGGCAGAAGAAGACAUCGCUUCUCUCGACUACAUCUGUCAACAAUCCAUGACGCCAGAGGUCUUACCCAGUACCCUGGAAGCGGCUCCGAGUAUGGAAAAUGGUUUGUCAAUAUUCGUACAGCCCAAGUGA